AUGGGGUCUGGGGGAGCCGUAGGCUCGCACCUGGGUAGCUCCCUCCUGCUGCUUGGCCUGGGCACACUCCUGCUCGGCCCAGGCUGCCUGGCGCUGGCCUUUGGCUACCGCCCGGGGAGGGGCUUCUCCUCCUACGAAGUGAUCAUCCCCAGGCAGCUGGGGCCCCGCAAGGGCGACCCCGAGGUGGAUGGCCGGGCAUCCUACCUCCUGCAGGUGGAGGGCAGGAAGCAGGUCGUCCACCUUCGGCCCAAGAAGCUGCUGUUGUCCAAACGCCUGCGCGUUUUCUCCUUCACCGAGCAGGGAGCCAGAAUGGAGGACCAGCCUUACAUCCCUGAUGACUGCAGCUUUGGAGGUUAUGUCGAGGGUUCCCCGGACUCCCUGGCUACCUUAAACACCUGCUUCGGGGGGCUUCGGGGGAUACUGAACAUGAAUGGAAGCCUGUACCAAAUGGAACCCCUGAAGGCCUCCACCAAGUCUGAGCACAUAUUGUAUCGCCUAGGGAAGGAGGUUCGAGCUGACAGGGCCUGCAAGGCAACUGUUGGAGAAACAGCCUCUCCUGUGGCCAAGGGCCAGAAGCCAGAGAUUUCUGCCAAGUUUGCCUGGAGCUAUCUACACCUUAAGUACGUGGGGUCCUUCCUUGUGAUAUCUAAUGGGAGGUAUCAACUCUUGGGAUCCAAUAUGACGGCUUGCAUCAACGAGGCUCUGACUUUGAUAGCUCUGGCCGACACGGUUUUUCAGGGACUCAAUUGUCGAGUUUAUCUGCAGUCAAUUGAGGUCUGGUCUGAUCAGGACAAAAUAAAUAUCAACGCCUUGGGAGAAGAUAAGAUUUACGAAGAGUUUAUGAAAUAUAAAGAAGAGCAACUAGAUCGUCUUGUCAAAUCCGAUUGGGGGCAUUUAAUUGUAACUAAAGAGAUCGCUACCAAAGCCAAGGUGGGAGGUAUCUGUGAUAAAGGAAAUAGCGCGUCCGUGAGCAGCCUACCUCAAGAAAACCUGAGCGGUUCUAAUGAGUUUCUCCAUGCGUUGGGCCAUAUUGUGGGCAUGAGCGACGACCGGGGUGGAUGUGAGUGUCAGGGCCCUGAUAGAUGCUUAAUGGACCGGAACCCUGGCAAUGGAGGUUUCAGCGACUGCAGUUACGCAGAUUAUUUUGAAAAAAUUGCCACUUAUGGAGAGUGUAUGUCUCAAACAUCAGAAGGGAAAGUAAAAAUGUCCAUCUGUGGUGACAAAGUGGUGGAAGGAGACGAACAGUGUGACUGUGGCACCCCCAAGGACUGUGAACAAGAUAAGUGUUGUGAGCCAACGUGUAAAUUAAAAGCCAGAGCAAAGUGUGGUUCUGGUCUUUGCUGCUAUAACUGUAGAUUUCGAAUAGCAGGGAAACUGUGUAGGCCCAGAAAGAGCGAAUGUGACCUUGAGGAGUUUUGCAAUGGUACCUCUGAACACUGCCCUUAUAACUCCUACAUUCAGGAUGGCACCCCAUGCUCUGACCAUGGCCAUUGCUUCAAAGGGCUGUGCAGUUCUCGGAAUCAGCAGUGCAAGACUCUUUUUGGACGAAGUUCGAUAUCCGGACCUCUUGCCUGCUAUGAAGAAGCCAAUCGAGGAGACCGCUUUGGCAACUGUGGAAUUAUGACAGGUGUUUAUUCCAAGUGUGAACCUGAUAAUGUGUUAUGUGGAAGACUACAGUGCACCAAUGUCAAGGGUGUCCCUUUCAUGGAUGAACACUAUACAGUAGUUAUGAAUUUUGUCAGUCAGGACAACAUUACUUGUUGGGGGACAGACUAUCAUCUGCCAAUGAGUACAAUGAAACUGGCAGAUAUUGGAGCAGUAAAAGAAGGCACUGCCUGUGGUGAGGGAUUUUUAUGUAUUAACAGGACUUGUACAAACAUUAAUGUUCUUAAUUUUGACUGUACAGUGGACACAUGUACCAAGCGAGGAAUCUGUAACAAUAACAGAAAUUGCCACUGUGACUAUGGAUGGGCCCCUCCGUUCUGUAAGAAGUAUGGGUUUGGAGGAAGUAUUGACAGUGGCCCUCCCCCUAAAUGGGAAAGGACUCCCUGGAAAAAUAUCAUGCCUGUGGCCCUUUUUCUCACACGGUGUCUUUCUGUAGCUGGAGCAGGGUUUCUGUCUGUGGUAGGUAAAGUAGCAACUGUUGUUCACCGUUACUUUGAUUAG